AGCUUUUUUUUUAUAUUUAAUUAUAAAAGAUUAUAUAAUUGAUUAGUUAAAAACCUUUAUGUAUUUGGCUUAUAAUUCCAACUUUCUCACAUUAUGAGCAGAAAGAGAGAAUGGAGCAAACCUCGUCAAAAACGCGAUAGGAACAUCAUAAUUAAAAGGCACGAAAUUGCGCAUGGCGGAACGUAAGCUAUUUUAUUCAAUCCAAUACAUUGAAGAGACAAUGAGUACCGACACAUUCAAAGGUGCCUUCCAGACGCUUACCGAACAUGUCUACUAGCAACAAUGACUUGGGAUGGUACAAAGAACAUUAUGGAACAACUCCGAGAUUUUUUUGAAGUUUGAAACCAGUAGAGCAUUUUUGGAGCUAAUAAAUAUGCGAUAUGAUCUCUAUAGCUACAAAAAUCAUGUUAAAUCGACCGCUGAUGGAUUUGAAGAGGGUUUCCAGAACCUGUUGGAGAUGAUUCUGGCGCAGCAAACAAGUAUGACUGCCGAAUCUGUCCAAAAGCUUCUUGUGGGAGAUCACCCUAAAAUGUUAAGUUCGAGACGUAUUUAUUCUAAGCUUUGUGUCCUGUGGGAACAUGGUAUGAAACAAGGACUGCAGGUAAUUGGAAAACAGUAGUAUACCAGUUUUAUAUCAUUCUUCAUUCUAGGUAUUAAUAAUGUAUUUAUGAUACAAUCAAUUUUUCUAAUAUGAAAGUAAUUUACCUCAAGUUUUAUAACAAGAGAGUAAUUUGUUGUAUUUUUAUUUAAAU